AUGCCACUCCACUUCUACAGCCCGCAGACUCCUAUAACUGACGGAAACACCGUCACCUACGACAUGGGGCUUUUUCAAUUCCCAAGUUUCGACCCCCAACCUCUUCCUUUAAGGCACCUCGUCGGGGUUCAGCAGUCAAUGCGUGCAGACGAGACUCACGAAAGCGGCUAUGACCUCUAUUCAAUGCAGGCCUUGGGGCCAGUUCCGCAGAACAUAGCCAUACAUGAGACGUGUUUGCCGCUGGAAUAUCAUCAUCCAGGGUCUCACAAUUUUAUUCAAUAUCUUCCACACCCGCCGCAGAACGGCACGAUACAUCAAGCAGAUGCAUCCUAUGGCACAUGGAUUCUCAGCCAUCAGAGGCCAGAGGGCUACAUAAGCAUCCCACCGGCCCCAGAGGUGGCUGCUCACGCUGCAAUACCUUUCGCCAUGGAUCCUUUUGCCCACAUUGACCCAUAUAUUCUCGACCAGAUCGCUAUGGGAUCUGGAACAAGCGAUAUUGACGGGCCGCGCUACACACCUUCUGGUGUGUCAAGCGCAUCGACCCCUGACCUACAGGAUGUAGGGCAGGAAAUCGACAACACUCUACACAUCAACAGCGCCAGCAGAAGUAACAACGUUACAGAAUCACUGGCCUAUGCUUGCGCACUUCCAACAGCCGAGACCUCCGGCGCUCCCGCCUACAAGUUUAGACGGCGACGCUCAUCUACAAAGGCCAACAGCAAGACGACAUCACGGCGUUCACGCGCACCAGCAGUCAUAGCCACCACUCCGGACGAGAAAACCAACGGGCCGAUCAAGUGCAAGGUCUGUGGAAAGAAAUUCUCACAUAGACAGAACCUGAACAGGCAUGUGCGCAUCACGCACCUGGGCGCUCGCAAAUGGGACUGCGUGAUAUGCAGCACCAAGAAUUCGAGACACGACGCACUGAAGCGUCAUCUAAACAACAUCCACAAUCUGUCGGAUCUGGAGGCGAAGCAUAUCGUCACAUUUGUCGGGGAGAAGAUCAAUGCUGCCGUGUGA